GUUGCUGCAUUCUGGUGUGAGAUGGAGCAUUAUCGCCAUUCUUCGGUACAACCUAAGCUAUACAGAGCUUCAUUGCCACCUGCAGAAGGAGAAAGGAGCGAAAGUGAGAACCUCCUGUCACCAGGAUGCAAACAGGCAUGCCGCCACCUCCACCACCACCACCAGUCACAGGCAUGCAGCCACCACCACCACCAGUCACAGGCAUGCAGCCACCACCACCAGUCUUCAGGCAACCACGUGAACAUUAUGCUCCCAGGCAUGAGCAGGCUUGGAUGGCUUCAGUAGAGGACCCGGAAGUGAUGCCACCACCAUUGACAUCUGACCCCUGGCAAGAUUCCUGGCCAGAGGAAUAUUCUUCUUUUGGCUUUGAGGGGGAGCCAAGUCAGCCACAAAGGGUCCAUGUCUUUACCCCCCCAACACAAUAUCAGGGCAGUCAUGGCUUUUACACACAGGGUAUGUCACAAGAAGUGCAAACUGGACAGGCUGAGUGGUCACAAACUGGUCACCAAUGGGACUACCAAUCCACCCUGAGAGCUCCACCAUCCUCUUCCCUUGGGAGAGCUCCACCAUCCUCUUCCCUUGGGAGAGCUCCACCAUCCUCUUCCCUUGGGAGAGCUCCACCAUCCUCUUCCCUUGGGAGAGCUCCACCAUCUACAGAUGAGCAUAUAGCUGGAAUUACUCAAGCACCAGCAGAUGCAGCUGAAGAUGUCCCACAAGCACCAGCAGAUGCAGCUGAGGAUGUCCCACAAGCACCAGCAGAUGCAGCUGAAGAUGUCCCACAAGCACCAGCAGAUGCAGCUGAACCUGCACCUCAAGCACCUAGAAGCCCUGCUGCUCAAGAGCCUGUGGAUGCACUGUAUUCUCCCCUGGAUGAGGAAUACAUUUCACUCCAGAGGAGGCUCAUAACAAGCUGCAAGAGCAGACAAAGAGGCCAACAGAGGUUUCACAGGAGCCAAGAGAGGUUACUCAAGCGUAGCAUAGAGCUGCAGAGGGACAUGGCAGCAUCAUUAAAAACCAGUCGCAGAUGAUGAUAAUUCUGUCUGCUAUGCAGAUGCAGAUGGACAAUAGAUGGCGGGAACAAAAUCAACUCUUGGGUGUGUUGGUUGAGCACUUUACACACCAGCAGGACACUGCCUCCAGCCUAUCAUCUGUGGCCAGCACAUCAGCAGAAACAGAAGAAUCUUCUCAAACCAGGAGAACAAGGCAAUCCACUACAGCCACCUCAGCUUCCUCAUACAAGAAGCCAAAAAAGAAAUAAAUAUUCUUAUAGUUCACCAUAAA